CAUUCCCACCAAUCAAAUCAAAACCUCAUCUCCCUCUCUCUUUCUCUCUCGUCACAUUAGAACAUCAUCAACGCACUCUAAUCUAAGCUUGGAGAGAAGCCAAAAAGAAAAGGAAGAGAAACUCCAAUGGCAGCAACCAUGGCAACAAUGGCAAUCCUCAACACUAAGUGCUUAAGCACCAAAAUCACCAACCCCACCAAGCCAAUCUCAAAACCAACUUCCCUUUUGUCCAUCCAAAACCUCCCCAAAGGACUAACCUCCUUAAAAUUGACCCAAACACAGCAAAACGAUAUGUCGUCCACCAUAGCAGGAACAGCCAUCGCCGGAGCUAUAUUCUCGACUUUGAGCGCCUGCGAUCCCGCCAUGGCGGCUCAGCAAAUCGCCGAUAUAGCAGCUGAAGGCAGCGACAACCGUGGCCUAGCUCUGCUCCUGCCCAUCAUCCCGGCCAUCGCUUGGGUCCUCUUCAACAUUCUGCAGCCGGCUCUGAACCAGCUUAACAAAAUGAGGAGCUCAAAGGGUGUGGUGAUUGGGCUCGGGCUCGGCGGUUUGGCCUCGUCGGGGUUCGUGGCGGCACCAGACGCGUCAGCCGGUGAGCUGGCCAUGAUCGCCGAGGCUGCCGGGAGUGAUAACAGGGGACAGCUUCUGCUCUUCGUCAUAUCUCCGGCGAUUCUUUGGGUUCUCUACAACAUUCUACAACCGGCCUUGAACCAGCUCAACAGGAUGAGGUCUGAGUAAGUCUCUGCCAUAUUUUGUUUGCAACCUCAAAAAAAGAAAUUGAAAACUUUCAUGUAAGUGUAACUUAUGUAAUGAAACAUGUUUCAUAUUAAUUAGCCUUUUGUUUUUAUUUUUGUAAUGAUUUUUAUUUUUGUUGGGUUGAUUUUGCAAGUAUUCUAUGGUUUGACUAUAAAUAGGCCUGGAUCUUGAUGUGUAUUACAGUCAAACUUCUUCACAAAAUUAUAUAUAUAUAUAUAUAUAAAUAUAU